CGCGACUCGUGCUGCAUUCUGGGAAAGCGGGAGAUACGGGUUAGAAAGGCGGAGUCACAAAAAUAAACGUUAAUAAAUAUAUCAUCACUUGAUUUAUUAGUGGAGCCAGCAACAUUACAUACUUUAAACUUUUAUUCUCCAAACGUAGCUUCUGUUAUCAAAGGGGAAACUUAAGAAGGGACACUGAGUGUUGAGGAUGCCGAAAGAUCUGACUGAAAGCCAUAGAAGAUUUUUGCAAGAAAUGAUGAAAUGUGGUAUAAUGGAUGUCUCAAAGUGCAAUUCUCUUUAUAAAAAAUGCUGUGAAAUACAUAAAGCCAAUUAUGUUCCUGAUAAACUGGAUGACUUUGUAAAUGAAAUCAACACUCCUCUACAACCGAUGUUCAUGCAUAUUAGAUGUGGAAUGUCUGAGGAAGAUGGACAACAGUAUUAUGCAUUGGUGAAUCUUGCUGAUACAGAAAUAACUAGGAUGGCAACAGAUUAUUCAGACAAUGAAUUAGAAUUGUUUAGAAAAGCUAUGGACUUCAUACUUGACUCUGACAAUGGAUUGGCUUCGUCAACUGAUAUUCUUAAUCUUGCAGACACUGUGCAAACAAAAAAAAUGAAAAAGAAAGAUGCAGAGCAAGUUUUACAAAGACUAGUCCAAAACAAAUGGCUUUGUGAGAAAAAUGGGGAAUAUUCAUUAAGCACCCGCUGUAUUAUUGAAAUGGAGCCAUACAUUAGAAAUGUUUACCAGGACUCAGUGUGCAACAUCUGCCACAAUGUAGCAGUACAGAGUCAGAUGUGUGAAAAUCCAUUAUGUGGAAUAAGAAUGCACUUCCCAUGUGUUGCAAGAGUCUUCCGAGGUCAACCAGAACCUCACUGUCCUGCUUGCAAGGACUUCUGGCCUCAUGAGAUUCCAGAAUUAAAUAUUUCACAAUCCCAGUUACCAGCACCGAGUCAGCCAGGGCCAUCUAAUGAAAAGGCAUCCAGAUACGGCAGGCCGAGAAGAUGAAGACCCUUCUUUACUCUUUGUUGUUUUUCAUUUAUACUCCGACAACUCCUUAGGCAAGGUAAAUUGUCUGUUUCAAAACACUUUCAUUCACAAGCCGUUCUUUUGUUGUACCUGUAUUGGGUAUUUUUAUAUUUUGUCAAGGCAAUAAAAAGGUAUUUUGUUUAUAAAUGUCUCAUUUUAGUAGUGAUGUUAAGCAGUAAUCUUCAGUUGAAUUUCAGAUGUAUUCAUUUAUUGUUAGCACUGAACAUCCAGACUCAAGCUGUAGCAUAAUCCUCCAUAUUGAGAUCUGCAACAAGAACAACUUCAAAGGAACUUUGCCUCAGCAAACACCUCCCAAGCCAUGUAAUAUAUCUAUAGUGGCAAGGUGGAUUUAUAUAUAUAUAUAACAGGUUUGUAACUUCUCUCAGACAGGGUGUGUUGAAAUUGAACAAAACCCUCUUAAAUACUGAUAAAUAUGAAGCAAUGCUGAUCCUACGCAUGACCUGUAAGAUAAUGGAGAGGGAAACUGUGGUUUCAACUGACAAAAGUCUUAAAUUAUUGUAUUUUUAACUUAUCAUAAAUGAUUAAAAUAAUUGAACAAAUAUUGAUAAAUUGAUACUCCUUUUUAAGCACUGUAAUAUGCAAUAGAUGAAAAAAGUUUAUUUAGCUGUACUGAUGAAGAAACUUGCUGGCAGCAUGUGUCAUAGCGCAGAUGACUCAGGACAGGACUGCGUUCACAGGACCUGCAUUCUUAUUGCCAAGCACAUUUUAGUUCAAAGACCUGUGAUUAAACUCUUUUUUCUGUGCAUGAUCUGUAUAUUAUACUGCAUUUUUUUUUUACUUUGCAAUGUAUGUUUAAUUGGUGAUUUAUGUAAAAAAUGCAAUAUAAAACAAAAAAUAUUGUGUCAGUUUAA